CUCCUUUACAUUCACUCCCAUGAUGCAACAGCAAACAAAGAGGGCAGAGAAAAGAGACAGGACAGGGAAAAACGGCAGCUAGCUAGAGAAAAGUUUCAAACGCCGAAAAUAGGCACAAUUCAAAACGUCCACAGCGUACGGUGUCACUUUAUCGCAAAACGCGGUCAUAAAGUGCCCAUUAUUCCUCGUCUCUGUAGAAAUUGAGCUCGUUUCUGCGCUGUUUUUGUAAGUGCAGGUAUCAGCUAGCCGUGAAGUAAUAAUGUCUCCUAAUGUGAUUUCAUAGCUCUGCGGACACUGAUAUGAAAACUGCUGUUAGUUGACAGUGUAUUCAAGCCACGGCAGGUAUGGCAGUCGUGGGUCGUAUGUGAUCAGCUAUGUGUAAGUGUUCACAGUCAUCUCCCUCAUCCCAAGAACAUCACGCAUAAUCCCCCUUCAAAUCAUUAAGGGGGAUCUUUCAGAAUGAAGAAGAUCAGUCUGAAAACAAUAAGAAAGUCAUUUAAUAUAAAAGGCAAAGAAGAGAAUGAAUUUGCUGUAUCACAGCCGGACCUGUCAGCCAGUUUCUCCGCUGAAGACUCUCUGUUUGGAGGAUGCUACAGCAAAGAUCUCGUCAGUAGCGACCUGGAUAACGAGGAUGAAAAAAGACCCAAAGUCCGAUCUAAGAGCGAGGGUCUCAUGGGCACCUUGAAAAGGAGACUCUCAGCGAAACAGAAACCAAAGGUCAAGGGUGGUUCUCCAUCUGUAUGCUCUAUAGAUGAUGACACCUUCUCUUCUUCUUCGGCACCCAUUACUCUAAGUGACAUAAAAUCCCAGCGUUCCUCCCGCUCCACAUCCAUCCAUAGUCAUCAUUACAGUCCCACCCCGUGGCCUCUCAGACCAGUGAACUCGGAGGAGACGUGCAUCAAAAUGGACGUUAAGGCAUUAAUGAACUCCUCUGAUCCAAGUCCGGCUCUCAACGGUGUCUGCCAAGACUUCCUAGACCUCCAGAGAGAGUUCAAAGAAUCUAGCGAUUCAUUGAAACUCACCAGACGUGUGCCAGACCACCAUUCUGGCGCUCAGAAUGGCGAUUUGCACCUUGAAAUGGAUGAACACGUGCCUGUAGUCAUUGGUCUCGCAGCUCAGGAUUAUAUUCAAUACACAAUGCCUUUAGACGAUGGACUCUUUCCUGACGAUGAAGGUUCGCGCUCUUUUUGCUUAGAUGGCACCACACCCAUGGACGUCGUUCCGCAGUCAGAGGGAUGCAGAUCUCUUCAUGCAGAUGAGGAACCUAUUGACCAGGACCUCUUGUCACCAGACAUCUUCAUGGAGUCGUCAUCGGUGAACCAGCUCUUUUUGAAUACUGCAAAUGUCUUGCUGCAGGGCUCCAGACUGGAAGCCCCACUUUCCCCCUUGCUACCUCCGUUGCCCGAUAGUUAUCUCCAGAGAAGCUUCUCUGGGUUUGGUGGUACACAUGCUCAGGUUGCAGAGAGAGUCAUGCACCAUCUCAACUUUGACCCCAACUCGGCUCCAGGGGUGCAGCGGGUCUAUGAUGCCGUGCAGAGCAGCGGACCCAUGGUGGUUACUAGUCUCACGGCUGAACUGAAGAAACUAGCCAAGCAAGGCUGGUAUUGGGGUCCCAUUACAAGAUGGGAGGCCGAAGAAAAGCUGACGAAUCUUCCAGACGGUUCUUUUUUAGUCCGCGACAGCUCCGAUGAUCGAUAUCUUCUAAGCUUGAGCUUUCGCUCACAGGGUAAAACUCUGCACACGCGAAUCGAGCACUCGAACGGCAGUUUCAGCUUCUACGAGCAACCUGACAUCGAAGGCCACGUGUCAAUUGUGGAUCUCAUUGAUAAUUCGGUCAAGGAUUCAGAGAACGGAGCGUUCUGCUAUUCCAGAUCCCGCUUGCCGGGGUCCGUCACCUACCCCGUUAGACUGACCAAUCCCGUUUCGAGGUUUAUGCAAGUGCGCUCACUGCAGUACUUGUGCCGCUUUGUUAUCCGCCAAUACACGCGGAUAGAUCUGAUCCAGAAAUUGCCUUUACCGAACAAAAUGAAAGAUUACCUGCAGGAGAAGCACUACUGAAUGCAGUAAAUCCUGACUCGGUUGCUACUUGCACUUUUUGGAAGACAUAACGAAGCAGGUUUUGCAAACAUUUCAACAGUUUUGUUACCAUUCAAUUACGCAUAUUUCUGAAAGGAAUAAUGAUGAUGUUUGUCGGUCUGGUAGAGUAGAUAAUUCAGUGGUUUGUGAAGAGAUGCGGUGCCAGAAUGUCGUUAAGAGUGUUUGGAUCUCAAUGUUGGAGCAUUUUACGCAUGUUCUCGUAGUACUGUUGCAUUUCGUUUUUGUUACAGUCAAAGACAGUCCAGUAUUUUUCUUCAUAUCCCACACUAUGAAAUAUCAGCACACAACUCCUGCUUAUUUUAGGGCAUUUAGAGGUUCUUGGCAAAAAUGCACAGAGUAUAGAAGCCUUAAUAAUGGCCGCACGUUUGUGAAUGCGUAGAUUACAUUCCUCCUCCCCCCUUUUUUUGAACACAUAACUUUUGUCGUACCAGCCAUUGUUAUGUCAUCAUCUUAUUCAAAGGGAAAAUGUACUAUACAAUAUGCCAAAUGAUGUCCUCUCACCAUACAUAUGAUCUUACCCUUCUGUGGAGAUAAUCUAAUAAGCUAUAUUAGCUGCUCAUGUUUGUCAGAUCAUAUUCUCACCCCUUUUUUGUUUGCAUUCUUUAGCACGUAAUGCCAAGUUUAGGUGCCUCACUGAAACUCAUCUUUGCUGUAGUUAAUUGAUUUUGUACUGUAUGAUUUGUUCUUUAUAGCAGUCAUCUUUUAACAGGCAUGCAGUUACAUUAUAAAUACAGCUGGUCUUUUCCCCUUGCAUUGUUUAAGUGUUCAUUAGUAUUGUAUAUCAUUGUUUAAAAACUGAAAGGUUUCCUGUUAUGGACUAUGUCAAUGGUACAGUUUAAAAUCAUCUCUUUUUGGGAACAGAAUUUGCUUACUGAUAUGUUGUAACUUGAACUUGUUCUCCAGUUCAAAAUAAAAAUUUUAUA